AUGGCCACCACGCCGACGGGAAAGAAGCGCAUCAUAGUAUGCUGUGAUGGGACAUGGCUCGACGCUGACGGGGAAUUUCACACUCCUUCUAACGUUACGAGGAUAGCACGCGCGAUCAGGCCAAUAGGUCAAGACGACCAAGGAAACCCGAUAUCUCAAAUUCUUUUCUACCAAAAUGGAGUUGGAACAGGAUCAAAGUCAUUAUAUGUCAAAUAUGUCGGCGGAGCUGUCGGAGAAGGUCUCGCUGAGCAUAUACGGGAAGCUUACAGCUUCAUCUGUGGCAACUACGUCGCUGGAGAUGAGAUUUUCUUGUUUGGCUUUUCUCGAGGAGCCUUCACAGCGCGUUCGAUAUCGUCACUUAUCGAGGCCAUUGGUCUGCUCACGUCGAAAGGUCAGGAGCACUUUUAUUCGAUAUUCGAGGACUGGCAGUAUCAGAACAAGAAGGACUUCAAGUCGAGGUGGCCUCACCACCCAUGGCCGGGCCACAAGGCGCCCGUAAAUGACGCAUUUAGCAGUAUGGGACACAGUCGGUGGUUUGGGUAUCCCAAUGAUCGGUCUUCUGCCACAGGCCCCUUCGACGGAGUCUCAUUCGUCGAUACAAAGGUUGCGAAGAACAUCGAAUACGCAUUUCAAGCCUUAGCCCUCGACGAGCACAGACGCUCUUUUCACCCAACAGUAUGGGAGAAGCCCGCUGACCAGGAGUUGCCGCGCGUGCUGAAGCAGACCUGGUUCCCAGGCGUCCAUUCGGACAUUGGCGGAUCGUACUCGGACACUGAUCUCGCCAACCUGACUUUAUGCUGGAUGGUCUCUCAACUAUCGCCCCUGAUCGACUUUGAUUACACCUACAUCUGGACUCAAGUCCGGCUCGGCAUCGAAUAUCACGAAAAAGAGGCCCAGUUAGCCGAAGCCCUGGCCAACGGCGAGAAUGGACACGCUCGCAAAUUUUCCCACACCCCAACUCCCGUACCCACGACCCCAGCGUACCCCACGAAUGGCGCCCUCCCCACCACCUUCCGCCCUUGGGGCCUCGGCAAGAUACACGACAGCAUGUCCUUUUUCUUCAAGCUCGGCGGCUCCAAGAUCCGCACGCCCGGCGAGUACACCGAAACCGAAAGAAACACCCAACACGGCACCCUGUGGUAUAUGUCCUCCAAACUCAGCGGCAAGGUCCUCCAUCGCAUGGGCAUCGGGCACCGCAAACGCAUGCCCCGCCUGCAAAACACAAACGAGACCUUCCACAGCUCUGUGCGCAUCCGCAUGGGCAAACGCGGGAAGGGGUACAAUGACAAGGGCUUCUAUGACUCCGACGCUCUCACUGGCUGGGUCAUGAGCGGGGACGUCGCGAAUCCGGACACGCCGCACCAGCUGACUAUGCCUGGUCAGGCGGGCGCGAUGAAGAAUGUGAAGUGGCAUAAGCGUGUCACCAAAAGGAACGACGAAGGCGAAGAGGAAGAGAUCGAAACGCUGGUCAUUGCGGAAGAUGAAAUGGGCGCGUUCGAGAAGAGGAUUCUGCAGCUGUGGCCGGAAAUAAGUGACGAUUUUGACUGUAUUACGCCUGGUGGGCACCGGCAGGAGAUGCAUAUCGGAAAGAUGCAGAAGGCGAAGAGGCGCAGUCUGACUGCUCCGACGAGGAAGGGCAGCAAGGGGUUGCCCGCGCCGCAGACCAACGGAGCGCGAGCAGAGACGCUUCCGCCGAUGCCGAAGGUUGAGUUCCGUCAUGACUAUACUAUGGCGAACGGGAACUCCUCCGAGGGAGGCAGGCCCGAGUCUGGGAGCACAGAGAACGGACUCAAGCCAGAACGGCCGCAUGCCGCCAGGAGACUGAGUCUGGACACCCGAUCCGUGCGCAACAGGAGCCGGGGGAGCAGUAUGGGGGGCGAGGACUACGUGCCGGAGCCUAAUACGGCAGGCACGAUCUGA